AUGUCUCUCUGGGUCGACAAGUACAGACCAAAGCUCCUUGACAAGCUGCACUACCACCAGCACUUAUCUGAUUCCCUGCAAUCUCUCGCAAGCUCACCCGACUUCCCCCAUCUCCUGCUCUACGGUCCAUCCGGUGCAGGCAAAAAGACCCGCGUCGUUGCAACACUGAGAGCACUCUACGGCCCAGGUGUUGAAAAACUACGCAUCGAUCAACGUGUCUUUAUCACGCCGUCUAAUAGAAAACUUGACAUCACCAUCGUCCAGUCCAACUACCACCUCGAACUGACACCAGCCGACUGUGGCAACUACGAUCGCGUCGUGGUACAAGACUUGCUCAAGGAAAUUGCACAAACAGCACAAGUCGACUCUCAUGCAAAACAACGAUUCAAAGUAGUCGUCAUCAAUGAAGCAGAUCUUUUGACACGUGAAGCACAAGCUGCGUUGCGUCGUACCAUGGAGAAAUACAGCACGAAUCUACGACUCAUUAUGGUUGCCAACAGCACGGCAAAGAUCAUCGGACCUAUUCGAUCGCGUUGCCUGCUGAUGCGCGUUGCUGCGCCCUCGGUACAGGAAAUCACAAAAUGUUUGCAGUUUGUGGCGAGUAAGGAGAAGCUCAAGCUUUCAGACGCCCUUGCUGAGCGGCUCGCAUUGACGAGUGACCGCAACCUCAGAAGAGCACUGCUCAUGCUUGAGACUGUCUAUGCCACGGGCGAGCAGCCAAGCGAUACGAUCAAUAUUCCAUUGCCAGACUGGGAAGCAUACACGGCUGGUAUUGCACGCAGUAUAUUGAAGGAACAGUCCCCGGCCAUGAUUAUGACGGUGCGUGGCAACAUGUAUGAACUCCUGACGCAUUGUCUACCGGCUUCACUCAUCUUGAAGACACUACUCUUUGAGAUUCUGGAAAGGGUCGACGAUGUCAUCAAGCCGGAGAUUGUCAAGGCUGCAGCGUUCUACGAGCAUCGCUUGAGACUCGGCUCGAAGGCCAUCUUUCACUUGGAAGGCUUUGUCGCAAAAGUCAUGGUCUUGGUGUAUGCUGAUCUCAAUGAUAUGGAUCUCUCAGAUGAUUGA